AUGGCUAGACUUCUGUCCAUUUGGUACUCCUGGGUUAUCUUCCUCUUCCUCAUCGCGACCUCCAUGCCGCUCUUCGCAGAGAUUUGGAUGGAAAGGAGCUUCAAGGAGGCAGUCUUCAGAUUGGGCAAGCAGUACCUUACCUUGUCUUUCCUCAUGUUUGUCUUCCAAGCCAAGAUCAUCGGAUACUAUGUGGUGAACGAGCUCCGCUACGGCGGGGCGAAGUACGUGGCCACCGGGCGCGGGUUGCCCACCUACCGACGGCCCUUCAUUGGUGAGACGGAGAAAGGUACCAGCAAGUUGCAAAAGGUGGGCGGUUUGUACCUGGACUAUGCCUCGUAUGCCUACUACGACGGCAUGCGCCUUCUCUGGAGCUGCAUCGCUGUGCUCCUCUUGGGCGGCGUCUCGGACUCGGGGAAUAGCAGCAGCCUGGGCUUCACGUGGUUGGCCAUCGGGAUCACCAUUGUGUCUUGGCUCUAUGGGCCCUUCGUCUUCAAUCCGUACCAAUUCGACCUGGACGAAGUGAGAGGCGACAUGAGGGCUUGGGUGGGCUUCUUCCUGGAAGAUUCGGGAAAGCAUUGGGUGGACAACUAUCAGAAGACUCAGCUGAAACCAUUGAAAGGUUUCAGAGAAUCCGUCAUCGGCGUAAACUUUUUGAUCUCCAUUUUCUGUUUGGCGGUCUGGUUUGCGAUCGUGACCCACAAGCUGCACUUGCUCAACGUGAUCUACUCCGCGUACGACUCCCUGGGGACCUUGAGCGUCAUGUCGCUGGUGCCUCCAAUAGGAGGAGCGAUCCUGUAUUGCCUCGUGGUAAGUGGCCUGGAGUCGAUUCUCGGCUGCCCCAGGGCUGUGAACCCGCCCAGUUCCGGGAAAAAGACCCGGGCAGUGGAUUUGGAGGCCGAGGCCUCCACCAGUGCAGAGUCCAGCGAGGAGGAAGACCCUGCGCACAGCGGGGAGGCUGACGAAGGAGUACCUGCCCACGACAGAAUGACGGACACCGUCAUUCCUCGGCCAGCCGCCAGCAGCAGCGAUGAUGAGGGGGAGCGGGGUUGCAAACUCCCCGAGGCCGUGCCGCUGUCGAUCUCAGCUCUCUUGAUCACAGCGAUAGAGAUCAUUGAGGCGUUCAUCCCAAUCUUUUGGGCCUUCAACCCCAUGGGCGCCCGGGGCCACGGGCUCGGAUGGUGGAAGACCUUCAUCGCCGGUUUGGUCCUGAAGUACCUCCUCUAUGAGAUCGUGCUGUUCCUGGCUGAGGGGGUCUUGCGGUCCAGAUGCUUUGACCGGGUUGGAGGCUGGCUGCAGUUCCUGAGCUUAUGGGUUCACGCCAACCGCAUGUUCAGGGACAUGUUUAUCUCCGGUUUCAUCUUGGUGACCCUUUUCCCUUUUGUCCUUCUUGACACCUUCAACGCCAUGCUCUGUCGGGGGUGCAGCCUGCACAAUUUGCUGAUCUAUCGUGAUCCAGGGCACUUAGCAAAGGAGGCAGCUGUCAUCCACUACACAGCAGAGGAGUCGGAGGAUGAGGAACGUUCUGGCGCUGGAAGGCGGCAACCGUUCUGGACGCCGACGCGCACGGUGCGGACUCCGACUCGGUCAGGAGGACUCUUCAGCAUGGGCCAACGGACGCCUCCGCUACCACCUCCAGUCCCUCCAACGACCACAUACAGAUAG